AUGGCUCCCCCUAAUCAAAUGACCAGCGGUGACUCGUCGCGCAUCCAGUCGAGCCAGGCCCGCAGUGGAAAGGACAUGUCCUCGGGUGGAUUUGCCGCGCGCGCCCAGUCUGCUGCGGCAACCAACACGAACAACGCCAAUGCCGCAAACAGCGGCGGCAACAUGGGCUCCACGGGCACCAAGGGCAGCGGCGCUGGCUCUGGCAAGAAGUAG